GACUACAUAGUGUAAUAGUAGCACAAGGCACUUAAAACUUACUCUUUUCUUGAUGUGUUUCCUCUGUGCUGAAUCUCCUUCCUGUCUACUGGAAUCUAUUUCCUGGUUCUAGAGUGCCUACCACAUGUUCACCACCAACACAUGUCUGAAGCAUAUGAUCAGUAAGGUUCGUCGGGAUGCUCAUCACUUUGAGCGCUAUCAGCACAACAGGGACCUGGUGGCCUUCCUCAACAUGUUUGCUAACAAACAGCUGGAGCUGCCCAGGGGUUGGGAGAUGAAGCACGACCAGACCGGCAAGCCUUUCUUUGUAGACCAUAACUGCCGUGCCACUACGUUCAUUGACCCCCGGCUGCCUCUCCAAAGCUCUCGGCCGCUGAGCCUCCUCGCUCACCGCCAACACCUGACUCGCCAGCGCAGCCACAGUGCUGGAGAGGUGACCACUCGGCGACUGCUGGGUGAGGACCCUCGUCAUGUUAGCCCACCUGUUCUUCCACGACCUUCCAGCACCUUCACAUCUGCCAACAGAGGGCCAUGCCAAGACUUAAUACCAGUGGGGAGAAAGUGCAGCUGAUCCGCACAGAUGGAGUGUCAGGAUUGGCCAGGCUGUCGGGAUCUGCCGACCUUGUCAUGUUGCUAAGUCUGUUUGAAGAAGAAGUGAUGUCCUAUGUGCCUCCUCAUGCCUUACUUCACCCCAGCUACUGCCAGUCACCUCGGGGGUCACCUGUCUCUUCCCCACAGAAUUCACCUGGUACUCAGAGAGCUAAUGCCAGAGCACCAGCACCCUACAAGAGGGACUUUGAGGCAAAACUGCGAAACUUCUACAGGAAACUGGAAACUAAGGGCUAUGGACAAGGACCAGGGAAGCUAAAACUGAUCAUUCGUCGUGACCAACUCCUGGAAGAUGCCUUCAACCAAAUCAUGUGUUACUCCCGGAAAGACCUACAGCGGAGCAAGCUCUAUGUUAGCUUUGUCGGGGAGGAGGGGUUGGACUACAGCGGGCCCUCGAGAGAAUUUUUCUUCUUGGUUUCCAGAGAACUGUUUAACCCUUAUUAUGGUCUGUUUGAGUACUCUGCCAAUGACACCUACACCGUUCAGAUCAGUCCCAUGUCUGCCUUCGUUGACAAUCACCAUGAGUGGUUCCGAUUCAGUGGUCGCAUUUUGGGAAUGGCUCUGAUCCAUCAGUACCUGCUGGAUGCCUUCUUCACCAGACCCUUCUAUAAAGGCCUACUUCGGAUUCCCUGUGACCUGAGUGAUCUGGAGUAUUUGGAUGAAGAGUUUCACCAGUCUCUUCAGUGGAUGAAGGACAACGACAUAGACGAUAUGCUGGACCUCUCCUUCACUGUCAAUGAAGAAGUUUUUGGACAGAUAACAGAAAGGGAGCUGAAGCCCGGUGGAGCCAACAUUCCUGUCUCAGAGAAGAACAAGAAGGAAUACAUUGAGCGCAUGGUAAAGUGGAGGAUAGAGAGAGGAGUGGUGCACCAGACUGAAAGCUUGGUCAGAGGCUUCUAUGAGGUGGUGGAUGCCAGGUUGGUGUCUGUGUUUGAUGCCAGGGAACUGGAGCUGGUAAUUGCAGGCACUGCGGAAAUUGACUUAACAGACUGGAGGAACAACACUGAGUACAGAGGAGGUUACCAUGAUAACCACAUUGUGAUCCGGUGGUUCUGGGCAGCGGUGGAGAGAUUCAAUAAUGAGCAGAGAUUGCGGCUCCUACAGUUUGUGACUGGGACAUCCAGCAUUCCAUAUGAGGGUUUUGCUUCUCUGCGAGGCAGCAAUGGACCCCGUAGGUUCUGUGUGGAGAAGUGGGGUAAAGUCACCUCCCUACCCAGAGCUCACACCUGCUUCAACCGGCUGGACCUACCACCGUACCCAUCUUUCUCAGUGCUGUAUGAGAAGCUGCUGACUGCUGUGGAAGAGACCAGCACCUUUGGACUGGAAUGAGAUUCUCGUCUCCCCCAUAUCCCAGUUUACCUGCGUCUGCCCCUGGAAGACUGCUGCUGAUAGUGACGUUUAAAAGUCAGAUUUUGAAGUCCAACUCCUGAUUUAAAUUUAUAACAGGAUGUUUUGUUACAGGAUCUGACCCUUCGAAAUGUUUUGUGUACAGAGGUAAACCUUUUUUGUUGCACCUGCAUGUACUUCACACCUACUUAAUAACUUGCUUUCACCUAUGUGACAUGACAAAUGAAGACCUGCGCUCACUUUAGGACUCUGACUGGAACUGCCAAGAUCUGACCAAUCAGAGGUCAAGGGCGCCUGAGGUUUGUUUUUGUUUUUUUUUUGGGGGGGGUAAUCAAGGAGGUUAAAGUGGUUAGACCAAUUAAAGAACCUGCAGCCACUGCCUUCCCUGCGAAUAUUGACCUGAUUCUACUUCUUUAACUGAGUUUGGAUGGAUCUUGGAGGACUAUGAGGACCAUCCAAGACUAUGUGUCUCUACAAUGCACUUGUAAUACAGCAUGUUAUUGUGAUGUAGUAACUUCACUAUGUGUAGGUUGUGCAUUUAUUUAUUAAAAACCUGAGGUAGACCUAAGGUAAUUUUUUUUUUGUUUUUCAGUGGACUUUGUCCUCAGCAAAUUCUGGAGUGUAGUCAGACAUUUUUGGUAUUGCAGCUACCCUGUUGUUUAACUCGUUUUCUAAUGAUGCAGGAGUGACAUGUGUGAUCUGAACUAACUAGCUAGCUUUACAGUGUAGAUUGUGAUAUCUCUACCAGAUCUGGAUCUGUUGGCAAAAACAUAUUUGGUCACCACUUACCUGAGUUACUAUAUUGACAACCAAUAUAUGAUCAUCAAUUUAUCAUUUUACUUUUACAACCCCAGUCUUCAAAACAUUAGGAUGCUAUGUAAAAUAUAAAUUAAGACAGAAAAUUUGAGGAGUUUGAGGGAAAAAAAAAGUCAAUUUGAAUUUAAUGGCAGAAACACAUCUCAUAAAAAUUAAGACGGGAUCGUGUCAUGUUUAUCACUAUUGAGUGAGUCUUUGGAAAAGGAAGGUUAUCUCCUUCUUGUCUGAUAUAGGAUUCUAGUUACUUAAGUCUUUGUUGUGUUUUUCACUUCCUCAUGUAUCAAAUGUUUUUCACUGAUGAAAGACUUAGAUGUCAGCCAAUUAAGCACCUGGACCUUCUUCAGUCAUUCAGCAGUAAAAACUCUGUAAUGGUAGAAGCAUGAACAUUACCCAUAAAAUCCAGUUCGAAGGACUUUGCAGUUAGUUUAUUCUCUUUUGUAUAUUCAGAUCUUCACUUAGGAUGCAGUAUAAAUUUAAGCAUGCACUGCACUACCACAGAAAAACAAGUCAAAUCUUUAGUCCUGGACUUUGGUUUAUAUUAUUAUUUCAUGCACAGAAUAUUAAAGACUAAAAAGGAACCUAAAAGCAGUGCAUAAAAAAGUUGCCCUUAAUGAAACUAAAUAUUUCUGAGUAAUUCUGAUGCACUAUCAUUAAUGCUGACACAAGUUCUCAAUUACUUACUUUGAAUGUGUCUAUAUUCUCAUCACCUUUCACUGUCCCUUUAGUUCUGACUUAUUUUCUUGUAAUAUGAGUGUUGUGUAAACAUGCUUAAUUCUUCAUCUACUUUCUUUUCUUGCUGAAAUGAGUGUCCCACUGCGUUUACACCACUGGAUGUGUGCCUGAAGUAACAACAUACAGACUGCUACUGUGCAGAGAGGUUUAUGUGUGUUAGAUGGCAUUCAACAGUGUAAAUUAUUUAGUGCACAGUUAUUUAUUUCGAACAUUGGAACCACUCCUGCUGCUUUAAAUAUUUGAAAUUGAUUUUGUCUUGGACCUACUGUUUUCCUUCUUUAUAUUUUUAGAGACUAAAGAUACAUUUUGGCAGGAAGCUGAGUAAAAUUUCAUGUACAAAUUCACUUCAAAUACUUCUCGUACUGAAAACAGUUCUGUCAGUUCUCUCACUUGUCUGUCUGGCUAGAAUGUACCAAAGUUUUGAGCCUUACGUGGCAGCCACACAUCUGACAGCCAAUCAGUCUGUCCAGUCCACCGUACUUUAAUAUAUGAAUAUUUGUAAGCACUUCUCUUCUAAAAUAAAGUUUCAUCUCUA